GCCACUGACUUUUCCAGAUGAUGACCCAUCUUUCUACACAUCAUGUCCAGCUCGAGGAUUCAGUAUUUUUGGCAUUUCUCGGAGACCGAGAAUUAAAUAAUUGAAGACAUUUGGUCAAAAAUAUGACAGACAUCUACUGAUGAAAAUGCUUUUUAUCCUUGAAUAAUUUCUCACGAUCAUCAGUUUAUCCCAAACCCUUUUAAAUUUACAUUAUUGUGUGAAAGUGUUGUGUCAUGAUAUUGAAAAAGACUGUAACAAAAAUUAGUGCUAAACUCUUCUUGGUCAACACAAUUUCAAGGAUGACUUUUUGCACAUCUUAUAAAUUACAUAUAAAUGAUCCCCACAAGCUCCCUCCAUUCCCUGUGUUCAAGGAUGGAUACGAGGAUAUAUUGGAGGACAGAAGAGGAAAUAGUGACCUAAGGUUUGCCAUAAGGUCAAGAGAGGUGCCAGCAUACAAAUAUAAUCAUCCAAGAACAUCAGCACAGAUCAAGGAAUAUGUCAGGAAAAGUGACAGGGUGACCUUCACUAUUGAACAGGUUGCCUCUGAGACAGGCACGCCCAAGGCAGAAGUGGAGAAAGAAGCCAAUGCAAUUCUAGAUGAAAUGGCGCACAAUCUACGGAUGGGAGCCAUAAGGGGAAUUGCCACUGUCUUGCCAAAAGUAAUGAAGAAAAUGUACAACAGGGUUUAUGUCAACAAAGAAGGAAUUUCAAGAGUGCAGCAUUUGAUAAAAGAAUAUCCAGUCAUAUUAAUGCCAAGUCACAGAAGUUAUGCAGACUUCCUCUUGAUGUCCUACGUGUUCUAUCACUAUGAUCUACCUCUGCCAGUUAUUGCAGCUGCCAUGGAUUUCAUGGGUAUGAAUUUUGUUGGUUGGCUUCUCAGAAACUCUGGUGCAUUUUACAUCCGCAGAACCUUUGGUACAGACAAGUUAUAUUGGUCAGUGUUCACUGAGUAUGUACAAACACACAUUACCAAUGGUGAUGCACCUGUGGAGUUCUUUGUGGAAGGGACAAGGAGCAGAACAGGAAAAUCUUUGGUGCCAAAGCUGGGGAUGAUGAAGGCUUGCCUGGAACCCUACUUCAAGGCCCAUGUCCCUGACAUCAUGGUGCUUCCUAUAAGUAUCAGCUAUGAUAGAACACUGGAGGAGAGCCUGUACUCCUAUGAGUUGUUGGGAGUUCCAAAGCCAAAAGAGUCCACUUCAGGAUUGCUGAAAGCUAGCAGUAUACUCAAUGAAGAUUUUGGCAAUAUUCAUAUGUUUAUUGGUGAACCAAUAUCAAUCCGACAGUUUUCCAUAGGAAAGAUAGACAGGGUUCAACACAGUUUGGCACCAAGAUACAUUGCUAGUCUCACAAGUGAUGAAGAAAAACUGAUGAAGGAACUUGCCUAUCAAGUUGUUCUAGAACAGCAGAAACACAUGGUGAUAUCUCCCUGGGCCUUGGUGGCAACAGUCCUCAUUCAGAACAAAGAUGGCAUUGAUCUUCAACAGCUGGUCAAGGAGGUUGAAUGGCUGAAGAGACAGACAGCUAACUUAGGUGGUUAUGUGGAUUGGCCAGGCAAUGAAAAACCAGAGAUGGUGAUAAGAGCAAGGCUGGAACUUCACAAACACAUCCUUGAUAUAUCAGAUGAAGAUUUUGUGGAGCUUAAGAACAUCAAGCCGCCCCCCAAUGUGACCCCAGAGUUACGCCGAGAUGGUGUAAUAUCCCAGGCAGCUUUGCAGGUGCUUUUGUCGUUGUACAGAAACCAGCUUCUCUAUCUGUUUGUGAGGCCUGCCAUGGUGACGCUUGCAGUGAAUGGCUGUCUUCAGGAGACCAUGUCAAUGGAUGAACUCUUUAAGAGAUAUGAAUUUUUGGAACACCUAUUCAGACAUGAGUUUGUUUUCAAGCCAGGACAGACUAAAGAGGAUUUUGACAAAGCUUUACUCAACCUGACUCAUGGUGGUGGAUUAGUUAUUGUGGACAAUCAAGUGCAGAUCAAGAAGUCAACCAAUAAAUACACAACAUUCCUUAGUCUCAUGUUUGAACCUUUCCUACUAGCUUAUUGGGUACUCUGUAAACACUUCCUGUCAUUGGGGUGUGAUGUGAAUGGCAAACCUCUGCCAAAGAAGCCCAAAGUGGUGUGCAAGGAGGCCCAGCAGUUGGCUGUGAGGUGGCUACAGGAGGGAAGCCUUAAGCAUUAUGAGGUGAUGAACCUGGAUAUACUGGGAAAUGGGUUGUUGUCCAUGAUCCACAUGGGAGCUGUGGCCAAAGAUAAAAGGAGUGGCGAAACAUAUGUAUCACCCAAUCAAGUGACAGUUUCCAGCAUAAGUGAACAAAUAGGCAGAUACAUUGAACUCCCUGUUGUGCCAGACCCAAGAUUCAACAGCACACCAAACUUCAGUGCACAGUCUAAAGAUAAAGUUACUGUGCCAGCAAAACUUUGAAGCAUCUUUUUGAAAGAAAUUGUCAAAAAUAAGUGUCAUAAGAACUGUGAAUUUCUGCGUAAAAUUGUAACAGAGUAAACUUUUUGCCCAUACACAAAAAUGUGCUUAUGUUGUACAUAUAUAAAUUGCUUCCUUUUUGAAUUUUAAAGUUGCUCAUGUAGCGUGCAUUAAGGCAAUGAACUCAUAAAAUUAAUUAUCAUGUUAAAUUAUUAUCCACAUAAAAUUUCUGGAGUAAUCUGAUGUACUUUGAGCCAGCUUAGUAUUUUUAUGGCUUAAGUGUACAUUUAGUCAUGAUUAAAUUUGUAGUAAAAACUGAAGCAGUUCAUCAGACUCAUUUACUAUUUAAUUUGUUUGUAAAGUGCAAUGUCUUAGUAACUUGGCUCAAGUGCUUUUUUAUCACUUGAAUUAUUAAGUCAACCCAUGAGCUUUAAUUAAAUGUAAUAGAGUUAUUUUGUAUGAUGAACUAGUCUUAUGCUUGGUGCAAGUAAAUGAAUAGAAGUCAUGUCUUUUAAAACUGUUACAUAAUUUUAAUAUCAUCAAAUAAAUGAUAUCCUGCUUACUGUUACUGCUGUUAUAUGGAGAUGUUUGUUAUGAAUAUUACAGACGUAUAGUUAGCCGACUUGAGCAGUUGUCAUCAAGCCUGAUUUUACAGAUGCCUUGUAAAUUUAUACACUGUUAAUUUUGGGAUUCAAUAU